CCUGUUUACCUGUCGGGCAGUCUGCCUGUCUUCCUCUGACUGCCAAGCAAUACCUUUAGUUAGAGAGAGCUCUUCACCAUACAGCCCACGUAAGAACGAAAGUGAAAGCUUCACAAUGACGCAGAUGAUUUUUUAAUUCUUACAUGUUUUCAAUCUUUAAAUCAAACAGAUUGUCCACGUCGAUUCAGCGAUGAAGUGGAAAACUGGACCUACUGGACUGAUUCUGUUUCUUCUGAUGAACACCGCCACAGGACCAGAUCACAGAGACGAUUGCAAAAAAACUAAGUUAAUUUGCCCAAAGAGCCAUGAAGCAGCAGUCGGAGAGGCCGUCACUUUGGACUGUCACGUCGAGUAUCAAUGUGAUGUGAAGGACCAAAGUAUUGUAUGGAAGUUCAACAACAAUGACCAAGUCCUGGUUUACAAAACUAGAAGCUUUUCUUCUGAUGAUCAGGCAGAUCGUUUCAAAGGCAGAGCUUCUGAAGACAGCAGCUGGAAACCAACCGAAGGGAAACUUGCAGUGAAAAUCUCACCAGUUGAAAUAACUGAUGCUGGAACAUACAACUGCUCUGUUGGAACUGGAAGCUCCAAAAUCUCCUGCUCUACGAAACUCAACAUUAAACAGCAAGUUAAGAAAGAAGGAAUGGAAGGAAAGCAGGCCCAGGGCAAUACCAAAACGAGCCAGAGCCAAAAAAGUAUUCCGGAUGCUAUGGUUAUAUUGGUAUUGGCUAUAUCUGCAUUGCUGUAUUUCUGAAAACAAUAUGGAAAGAUCAGUGCAAGUCAAGACAGGAGAGGACGCAACAGGCAAAAAACAAAACAAUCCUGAGACGAUGAUGAGUCGGAACAAUAUGGGAGACACCAGCGACACUAUUCGGCAUAACUCACCAAAUGAAAUCCAAAUAUUUCUAAUAUAGCAGGUGCCUCCAAUAAAUCAUCCUGGUUGAUGACCCUGUAGCCAACUACUAACUAACAGCAGGGCAAGACUACACAAAAUUAGUUAGCCAUCUGUAUGUUUACUGUGACACUAACCGGGGCUGUACGGUCCGUGUCCGUUUCAUUGUUCGUUUAUUGGAUUAAAUCAUCAAAUAAGUGGCAGAAAUGAGAACAUUUCGGUUUCAUCCUCCCCGCGGCCAGGAGACCACCACGCCGGUAGACGGACCGUCAGUUAGCAGUUAGCUCAAAUUCAGCCAGUGCAAACCCAGCACCGGGAGUCACAGGGGCUACCUCCUCGUCUGAGAAGUGAAUACAAUGCUGAAGUGUCUUAAACCUGCAUUCUCUCUAACAGCCAGCAGGGGGCGACUCCUCUGGUUGCUAAAAGAAGUCUGAUUGUAUAGAAGUCUAUGAGAAAAUGAGUCUA